AUGAGGUGGACUAAAGAUCAAGGUUGUGUGAUCCUUAAAUUCGGUUCGAUAAAAAGAAGUAGUAUAAAUAGAAAAUCCUAUAUCAACUGCGAUUCCAUUUCCUUGCAAGUUCAUUCAAAUACUUACCCCAUACUCUACUGUGGACGAGUAAAUAGCUCUUGCAUUUCCUGAGUAAGUAAAAUUUUAUCAGUAGUGAUAUGAAGACCUUUACAAGUUACAUCUGAUGUAGGAAUUAGUUUACCACUUCAUGUGAAAGGCAUAUUGCUACUAGUUGAUAAAUCUUUGAUUUUCCCAUCUACUAGAUUGUUUGGGGUAAAAACCCAUUUUGCAAAAGGAGAAUAA